AUAUAAGAGUUGGGCCGAGCUUCACUGAACAUCCGCCUUCAUAACGCUCAGACAUUCUGUGGGGAGCCGACAGAUCGUUCAGGUAACUAUGAGAGUCCAGUCAAAAUAUAUCCUUGCCUGCGUUGUCAUGUCUGUCAUUCUCCAGACAGCAACUUCGCACAAAGACGUCAGAAACUCGGAUGAUUCUAAACUGAAUCGAAACAAACGAGCCUUUGGAUCCCUGUUGAAGAUAGGAAGUCAGCUUCUCGGCCCUAUCCUUAGUGGUCCAGUGGAUGCAUUUGGGAACUUCCUAUCCAGCAUCUUCGGUCUCGGGGGACGUGAGUCAGCAAGAGACGCAGAAGAGUUGAGGAAACAGAUGGAGCUCGAGAAAGAAAAGAUGACUAAAGAGGAGCACAAACGUGCUGAGAUGGUGCUAGCGCUACUCCAGGCCAACAUGGAUAAAACAAACGGAGGAACAAGGCAAAUGUCUUCAACUGGUGCCUGGUUGGCAGCCCCCGCCAUGAUCCUCGUGUUUUUCGGUUCACUUUAAAAUAUAAUAAUGAUAAUAAUCAGCAUUUGCAUAA